AUGGCAAGACAGGCUCAACACAGCUGGACAAAACACCUACCAAUUGGCCUACUGGGCAUCCGCUCCACUCUCAAUACCGAGGAACACAGCCCUGCCCAAAUGAUCUUCGAAACAAGCCUACGUCUAACAGGAGACUUCCUCGUGCCGUCAGAAGAAUCAAGAGAUCAUGACACCUACAUACGAGAACUCCAAGAGAGUAUGGCCUUAGUAAGGCCAGAACGGCGGAGACCAGCCAGAACAUCAUUCAUCCCUAAAGACCUCAUGACAUGCAGCCAUGUAUAUUUGAAGGUUGAAGGAAUACGGCGCACCCUCAUACCGCCUUACGAGGGGCCAUAUGAAGUCCUAGCACGAAGCAAGAAGACAAUACGAAUACGGCUGGAAGACAGGGAAACCACCGUAUCCAUAGACAAGGUGAAGCCAGCAUAUCUAGCUUGCGACUUAACCUCGUCAGCAACAGACACCCAGCCGACCAAUACGGAAACCGAUCCUGCACCACAGCCGUCGUCACGACCGCAGGAAACUGCUUCAACUCCAACGCUCAUCACUCGGUCCGGAAGGAUAGUUCGGAAGAAGAUCAUGUACAACGUGUAG